AUGGAAUCUGUAACUGCAGCUAUUGAGUCUGCUGGCAUUGGCAGAGCAGCUUCCACUCCUCCCUUCGAUAAGCUUCCUUUUUUGGGCACUGGACCUAGUUACCGCUCCAUGGGAACAUCUAUAGAUUCCGCUAUCGGGAAAGUAAGGCAUGGAAUCACGCUAAGGAGCUCUACUAGGCUUGACCGUGGUAAAUUUACUUAUUCUUGCUCAAGUCAAGUGGAAUCAGUUUCAUUUGGCUCUAGACUACGAUUCAAUAGAGAACGAUUUGGCACAUCUUCGAUUUCCUGGUAUGAAAGCUUGGUUUUAUUUGAGUUCAAGAUAUUCGGGUCUUUGCUUUUGCUCUUUGUGAUCCUUGUCUUUAGCUUGGGACUUAGCUUGGCACCAGGGCGGCUUGCUCAUCGUGCUUAUGGCUUGGCCAAUUGA